AUGUAUUCUAAUCUAUCAGAGUAUUCAAUAGUUUUAAGCCUACCAUCUUUAGAAUUACCUGAGUCCAGUAUAUUCCCUGCAUUUAUUUUUGGAACCAUUACAUAUUUCUUGAUUCUGUUUUGCAACUUGAUUGUUUUGCUUACCAUUGCCCUUAACAGGAACCUACACAAACCCAUGUACAUGCUACUGUUCAGCAUGCCCGUUAAUGAUAUGAUGGGUGCUACAGCCUUUUUCCCUCAGCUGAUCUCCAGUAUUUUAUCACAGAACAGAUCUAUCUCCUACCCUGCAUGCUUCCUACAGGCCCUCCUCAUACAUUUCUAUGGGGCUGGGUCUCUGCUCAUUCUGACUGCCAUGGCCUAUGACAGGUACAUCGCCAUUUGCUGCCCUCUUAAAUAUGAAACUAUAAUGACCAAUUAUCAUUUGAUAAAAAUAAUCAUCACUGUGUGGCUUCUAGAUUUUUCUUUGAUAGUUACUCUUCUUGCGUUGCUUAGCCGUUUUAAAAUUUGUAGGACAAUUAUUGCCGAUAUGUAUUGUAAUAACCCCUCUUUAGUCAAGCUUGUAUGUGAGGAUACAAGCAUUAGUAAUUAUUAUGGAUUGUUUAUAACGGUCUUUCUUCAAGGUUUGUCACUGUUGAUUGUAGUUUUUACGUAUAUUCAAAUCCUUGUUACCUGUGUCAGAAAUAAGCAGUCUGAUGCUAAGAGCAAAGCUCUUCAAACCUGUGGAACUCAUUUGAUAGUCUUCUUAUUUUUGGAAUGCAAUGCCUUUUUUGCUUUAAUUGCUCAUCGGUUUGAGAGUGUCUCACCUUUUCUGAGGAGAGCUUUUGGUGUAUCAGUUGUAGUAUUCCCACCUAUUCUAAAUCCUCUGAUUUAUGGUCUAAAAACAAAGGAAAUUCGCCAGAAAAUUCUGUUUUUCUUUCACAAAAAGACAUCCUCCUCUUAA